AUGAAGACAACAACAACAACAACAACGACGACGAGACCACACAACAAAGAAGGAAUCUUUUGCCUCGGCGUGGACGGCGGCACCGGCGGGAUUCGCUGCCAACUCUUCGACGCGCGCACCGGAGAAUCGCUCGUCACCUGCGAACGCACGUACGACACCACGUACGGUAUUCCACGCGCGGGAUGCGCGACGCAAACGUGCGCGGAUUGGUGGCUAAGCUUUCGAGACGCAAUGAGAGAGUUACUCUCCGUGUCGAAGAUAUCGCUGGCAGAUAUCGCGGGUAUUUGUUUGGACACGACGUGCUGUUCGGUGGUGUUUAUGGAGGAGCACGGAGAGCGCGCGAUAUAUCCGUGCGUCAUGUGGUGCGACAUGCGCGCGGGCGCGAAGGAAACGAAGGACGUUUUGAACGCCGCCGAGUGUGCGAAAAGGAGAAGGAAAAGGAACGAAGACGUAGACGCGCGUUACGAAGAAGAGGUUGCGAAAACGUUACGGGUGAACUGCGACGGAGAAGGUCCGGUUUCCGCGGAGUGGAUGGUUCCGAAAGCGCUGUGGAUGAAACGGAACGAGAGAGAAGUGUACGAUCGAGCGACGAAAGUGUGCGAAUAUCAAGACUACAUGAACUUUCGAUUGACGAAAAGAUACUGCGCGAGCGCGAACAACGCGAGCGUAAGGUGGCAUUUUCGAGAAGAAGAAGGAAAAAAAGUACCUCCGAAAGAGUUGUUGGAAGCGUUAGAGUUGGAAGAUUUAUUAGAAAAAUGGCCGAAAGAUGUGUUAAAGUGCGGCGAAGUUAUUGGAAACGUCACGAAAGAGGCGUUCGAGGAGCUCUUCGGGGAGAGCGCGAAAAAGUUUAUAGAGAUACCAGUCGUUCAAGGCGGCGCGGACGCGUUCAUCGGCAUGAUUGGGUUAGGUGCCAUUCAUCCGAAAACGAUGGCUUUAAUCACCGGAUCUUCGCAUUUACACUUAGCAGUUACGGAGAAGAAAAUGUUUGGAAAAGGCAUGUUUGGCGCCUACGAAAACGCGCUGGUACCCGAGGCGAAAUUCAUCGUCGAAGGCGGACAAACGAGCACGGGAUCGAUUACGAAUUGGUUUAAAAAUCAAUUUAAUUGCACGUACGAGGAAAUAUUCAAAGAAGCCGAAGAGAUUCCAAUUGGAUGCGAAAACUUAGUCGCUUUAGACCACUUCCAAGGGAACCGAACGCCACACGUCGACGCCGAAUCGAAAGGCUGUUUCAUCGGUUUGACGUUGAAACAUUCGCGCGCGCACAUGUUUCGCGCGAUAUUAGAAUCGAUAUGUUUCGGCACCAAGGCGGUGGUGGAUACCAUGCGAAAAAACGGGACGGAAAUAGAAACCAUAGUCAUCGCCGGCGGAGCGACUCGAUCGAAGUUUUGGCUUCAAAUGCACGCGGACGUGACGAAUUGUGAAGUUGUCGUUACCGAAUGUCCAGACGCGCCGGCGUUGGGGUGCGCCAUUUUAGCCAGCGUAGGAGUGGGGAUUUAUAAAACCGCCGAUGAGGCGUGCGGACGCAUGGUGAAGCGUUUGGAAACGAUUUCGCCAAAUGUGAAGAGCGCGGCUGAGUACGAAAAAGUGUACUCGAGGACGUACUCGAAGCUGUACGGGUUGUGCAAAACGCUGAGAGAGGAAGAAGAAAAAGAAGAAAAAGAAGAAAAAGACGCAAUCGACGAGAACGCGGCGCCGGCGAAAAAGAGAAAGACGACGACAAGUGGUGGCGAUGCGACGAAAACUACGAGCGCACUCUUCAAAAUUGCGCCGUCGCUUUUGGCUGCUCCAGACCACGCCAAUCUCAUCUCCGCGACCUCGAUCGCUCUCGCGGCCUCGGCCGAUUGGAUCCACGUCGACGUCUUCGACGGCCAAUUCGUCCCCGUGGUUACGUUUGGACCGUCCACGGUCCAAUCUCUUCGCGAGAACUUCCCCACGGCUUUCUUAGAUUGCCACCUCUCCUGUCAAAACCCUGAUUUUUACAUCGACAACGGUCUCGGCGACAGCGCCUCGCAAAUCUCCUUCCACCCCGAAGCCGUCCGGACUUUCGCCGAGAGGAAAAAAUUGUGCGAAAAAAUAAAGUUCAAACACAACAAGCGCGCGUCGAUGAGCAUCAACCCGUCCACAAACUUAGAAGACACCUCGGUCUUUGAACUUCUCGACUUGAACUUGUUAGAUUGCGUGAACGUACUCGCCGUCCAACCUGGAUUUGGCGGUCAAAAACUCCAACCGACUGCGCUCGAAAAAGUCAAACGGUUGCGCAAACGAUCGAAAACGCUCGACAUCCAAGUCGACGGCGGCGUCAAUUUAGAGACGAUCGAAGCCGUCGUCGAGAGUGGUGCGAACGUCGUCGUCGCUGGAAGUUUUAUCUUUCGAGAAAACAGAGGGAAAGAGAAAGACGCCGUGAAAAUGUUGAGAGCGUUUGGUAGUACCACGUGA